UCCCUUCUAAUCAUUUUCUAUCUUCUAUUCCUCGCAGUUAAAAACACAAAGACCCAACUCACCUGUCCAAACAAACAACCAAAGCAAAAACUAGACUUCUCUCCCUUUCUCUCUCUCUCAAGCUCAUUGAUGUGGGUCGUUGCAUAGGUUAAAUGGAUACCUUGUUUAGGCUAGUCACUCUUCAACAACAACAGCAGCAACAACAAUCUGAACAAUCUUUCAAUUCAUCCACCAGAACCACCACCACCACUUCCAGCAGCUCCAGAUCCUUCACUCACCACCCGCAGCACAACCAUCACUACCCCCAACAAGACGACGUCGAAGAAUGCUUCAACUUUUUCAUGGAUGAAGAAGACUUCUCCUCUUCUUCUUCUAAGGCUCACUACUACCCCACCCCACCAACUCCGACCCCGCCUCCUCCGCUUACCACCACCACUCCCACUCAUACCGAUUUCUCCUUCUCUCCCGCCCACGACCUUCUCAACUUCGAAUUCUCCUCCCCUAAGUGGGCCCCUGACCUCCUCUUAGAAACCGCCCGGGCCAUUGCUGACAAGAACAGCGCAAGAGUUCAACAGCUCAUGUGGAUGCUCAACGAGCUUGGCUCUCCUUACGGCGACACCGAUCAAAAGCUCGCCUCCUACUUCCUCCAGGCCCUCUUCAGCCGCAUGACCGAAUCCGGAGACCGCUGCUACCGCACCCUAGUCUCUGCCUCGGAGAAAACAUGUUCUUUUGAAUCCACCAGAAAAAUGGUCUUGAAAUUUCAGGAGGUGAGUCCAUGGACUACAUUCGGUCACGUCGCUUGUAAUGGUGCAAUUAUGGAAGCCUUCGACGGUGAGGCCAAGCUUCACAUAGUCGACAUCAGCAACACUUACUGCACGCAGUGGCCGACUCUACUGGAGGCGCUCGCGACCCGAACCGAUGAGACCCCGCAUCUACGUCUCACCAGUAUCGUCCUCAGCAGAGCUGGGGACGGCUCCGCUGGCGUUGGCGCCACGCAAAAAGUAAUGAAGGAAAUUGGCGCCAGAAUGGAGAAAUUCGCGCGCUUAAUGGGAGUGCCGUUCAAGUUCAAUGCCAUCCAGCAUUCUGGUGACCUAGCGGAGCUCAACUUGGCAGAUUUGGAUGUCAGGGACGAUGAGGCCUUGGCCAUAAACUGCGUUGGAUCGUUACAUUCAAUCGUGGCCGUCGGAAACCGCCGUGAUUAUUUGAUCUCCGCUUUUCGGAGUUUAAAGCCGAGGAUCAUAACUGUUGUGGAAGAAGAGGCUGACCUAGACGUCGGAGUUGACGGGUUUGACUUCGUGCAAGGGUUUCAGGAAUGCUUGAGGUGGUUUAGGGUUUACUUCGAGGCUCUAGACGAGAGCUUCGCUCGGACUAGUAAUGAGAGGUUGAUGCUCGAGCGCGCGGCCGGCCGAGCCGUCGUAGACUUGGUGGCCUGUGCCCUGCCGGACUCCGUCGAAAGGCGUGAGUCAGCCACGCGCUGGUCAAGACGUAUGCAUGGGGCCGGGUUCAGUCCAAUUUCAUUUAGUGAUGAGGUGUGCGAUGACGUACGGGCCUUGUUGAGGAGGUACAAGGAAGGGUGGUCAAUGACGCAGUGUGGUGACUCCGUCGCCGGAAUAUUCUUGUCGUGGAAGGACCAGCCGGUGGUUUGGGCAAGCGCUUGGAGGCCUUAAUGACGGUCGGAGCGGUGAAAAUAUUCACAUAGGGUAAUUCAUGCGUGCGAUAGCUUUUUGUUGGCACGUGCAUAAAAAUGGUGCUUGUGGGUGGUUGUGAGGUAUUGUGGUGUUUGAAAGAAGAAAGGAGGGAGAGUACGGAAUAUUUUGCUUUGGUUUGGAUAGAAUUUUUAAGUAAAUCAAUGCCAAUUAAUUGGGAAUUGCCAUCA